AGACACCGCCUAUAUUGAAACCUCUUUGAUCAUCUCCACAGCUUGUCAUCAGCUGUGUCAGAGUGGACAUCGAGGGGAAACAAGUGACUCAAACCAUCUAGCUGAUAAUGACAACUCUUCUCCCUCCUCCCAAACGACUCAAAUCAGCUUAUUCUCAAUCCCUUCUGCCCCCUCCUGCACCUAAACAAACCCCCACAGUAGUCGUCCAAUUCCGCAACUUUUCAGAUGCUUCAGAUCUAGGUCCUUCUGUCAAUCUACCUGCCGAUACUUCCAGAGAAGCACUGCAACUUCUCGUCAACCGAUUGACACGUACAGAAGACCCUUUACCUUAUUCAUUCCAUCUCGUCCCCCGUCCCCCAGCUACUUCUUCGUCUUCAACACCGGCCAGAGUACCUAUCAAUACUUCUAUCCUUGAAGAUGCGCUGGAAGCUCCGACUGUGAAGGGAUUGUUCUCUUCGGAAGACGUUUUCGAAAUUUGGUGUGAACCUCAAGCUGUGUUUCGUGUGAGACCGGUGGGAAGAUGUUCGGCUACUUUGUCAGGCCAUGCUUCACCGAUUUUAUGUUGCGCUCAGAGUCCGACGGGGAAAUGGGCGGUGACGGGUUCGGGGGAUGCUACGGCUAGGAUAUGGGAUAUGGAAACGGAGUUACCCAAGUGGACACUAUUAGGGCACAAAGGCUGGGUUUUAUGUGUGGAAUGGGACGCAAGAGAGAAAAUGUUAGCCACUGGGGGACAUGAUGGGCAGGUCCGUCUCUGGUCCCCACUCACUGGUCAAGCACUCGGUCAACCAUUACUAGGUCAUACAAAAUGGAUAACUUCUUUAUCCUUCGAGCCCCUUCAUCUUUCCCGUCAUUCAACACAACUUCUGGCAUCCGCUUCGAAAGAUGGGACCGUCCGGGUGUGGAACACUUCCACCAGAAAGUUAGAAUUUGUUUUGACUGGUCAUGCGGCAAGUGUCAAUGUGGUCAGGUGGGGAGGGGAAGGUGUUAUAUAUACAGGAAGUAGCGAUAGGACCGUGAAAGUAUGGAGUGGACAAGAUGGAAAACUCAUAAGAACAUUAUCGGAACAUGCUCAUUGGGUCAAUACCAUGGCCUUGAGUACAGAUUACGUACUUCGAACAGGACCUUUUGACCAUACUGGUAAAAUGCCAAAAGACGAUGAAGAGGCCAAAUCCCUCGCUUUGGAACGAUAUCAAACCCUCAUUUCCACCCAACCCGAAACACUCAUCACAGGUUCAGACGAUCAUACACUUUUCCUCUGGCCUCCUCAAUCAUCAACUCUCCCAUCUAACGUAACACCGAAAAAACCUUUGGCACGUUUAACAGGUCAUCAAAAACAAGUCAAUCAUGUUGUUUUCUCACCUGAUGGUAGAUGGAUAGCAAGUGCCGGAUUUGAUAAUUCCGUCAAGUUAUGGGAAGGAAGAACAGGUAAAUUCGUUUCUAGUUUAAGAGGACAUGUAGCUUCUGUGUAUAGAGUAGCUUGGAGUGCCGAUAGUAGAAUGUUAGUUUCUGCUAGUAAAGAUAGUACUUUAAAAAUUUGGGAUUUAAAAACAUAUAAAAUCCGACAAGACCUUUCGGGUCAUACGGAUGAAGUUUAUUGUGUAGAUUUCGUUUCUGAUAAAGUUGUUUCAGGUGGGAGAGAUAAGACUGUCAAAAUUUGGAGACAUUAAAUCCAUCGUACACGCAAAUCCAACGGAUGUCAGAGAGAAUUUAUACCUGAGAAUGAAAGUGGUUAACGUGAUUACGUAGGAUAGAUGUGUAUGUACAAUGCAUGCACAAUUCUUCG